AUGGGCUGGUCGGCGUCGCGCUGCUGCGGCGGCUCCGGGGACGCCGCCACCAACGACGGCUCCGUGCUGGACCGCGUCAUCUCGCAGGCGUCCGGCUGCGACGGCUGCCUCCUCUACCGGCUCGCCGACUACAAGAAGGGCGGCGAGCUCGUCGACGCCUACAACGUGGGCGGCCAGGCCGAGGUGGAGAAGCUGAUCCGAGAGCAGUUCGGCGUGCUGAUGUACGGCGAGGGCCGCGGCCAGGUCAUCAACAGGGCCGAGUACCUGCGCUGGAAGUUCCGCGACCAGAAGGAGGUGGUGCUGCCGAUCGAGGCGUCGCUGUCGGCGCACGACCCGCUGGCGCGCUGGGAGGACCACGAGGCGUGCUGGCAGAUGCAGUACCGCGGCAGCCUGGGCGAGACGCUGCUGCACGUGCUCAUCAUCUGCGACACGCGGCUGCACACGCGCCUCGCGCGCACCCUCAUCAAGUGCUUCCCCAAGCUGGCGGUCGACGUCGUCGAGGGCGAGGACUACCUGGGUGCCAGCGGCCUGCACCUGGCCAUCGCGUACAACAACAACGAGCUGGUGCAGGACCUGGUGGAGGCGGGCGCCAGUGUGUCCCAGCGCGCCAUUGGCAGCUUCUUCCUGCCGCGCGACCAGCAGCGGCCGCGGCCGGCGCGCCACACGGACUACGAGGGCCUGGCCUACUUGGGCGAGUUCCCGCUCGCCUGGGCCGCCUGCUGCGCCAACGAGAGCGUCUACAACCUGCUGCUCGACCACGGCGCCGACCCCGACGCCCAGGACUCCUUCGGCAACAUGAUCCUCCACAUGGUCGUCGUCUGCGACAAGCUGGACAUGUUCGGCUACGCGCUGCGGCACCCCAAGCUGCCGGCGUGCAACGGCAUCGCCAACCGCGCCGGCCUCACGCCGCUGACGCUCGCCUGCAAGCUGGGCCGCGCCGAGGUCUUCCGCGAGAUGCUCGAGCUGAGCGCCAGGGAGUUCUGGCGCUACUCCAACAUCACCUGCUCCGCCUACCCGCUCAACGCGCUCGACACGCUGCUGCCCGACGGCCGCACCAAUUGGAAUUCUGCGCUAUUCAUCAUUCUAAAUGGAACAAAAGAAGCGCAUCUGGACAUGCUGGACGGAGGCAUCAUUCAGAGGUUGCUGGAGGAGAAGUGGAAGACAUUUGCUAGGAUGCAGUUCCUAAAGCGGCUGGCGAUCCUGGCGCUGCACCUGCUAUUCCUGAGCACGGCCAUCUACCUGCGCCCCAAGGACCACGACGAGCCGCUGCUCGGGCCCACCGACUGGGGCAGCGUGGCGCGCUACUGUGCAGAGCUGGCCACCGUGGGCGGAGUGCUCUCCUACGUCAUCCUGCAGCAGGGCGAGGAGAUCAAGAACCAGGGGCUGCUCAGCUUCCUCAAGCAGCUGUCGCACGCUCCCGACAAGGCCAUCUUCCUGGCGUCAAACCUGAUGAUCCUGGCGUGCAUCCCGCUGCGCGUCGUGGGCGACAAGCGAACGGAGGAGGCCGUCCUGCAGUUCGCAGUGCCCGGCUCCUGGUUUCUGCUCAUGUUCUUCGCGGGGGCCAUCCGGCUGACUGGUCCGUUCGUGACGAUGGUGUACUCGAUGAUCACCGGUGACAUGUUGACGUUCGGCAUCAUCUACACGGUUGUGCUGUUCGGCUUCUCUCAGUCCUUCUACUUUCUGUACAAGGGCUUCCCCGGCGUGAAGACGUCGCUCUACCACUCCUACCCCACCACCUGGAUGGCGCUCUUCCAGAUCACCCUGGGAGACUACAACUACGCAGAACUGAGCCACACGACAUACCCAACGCUGGCCAAGACAGUGUUCGCCAUUUUCAUGGUGCUCGUGCCCAUCCUGCUGCUCAACAUGCUGAUCGCCAUGAUGGGAAACACGUACGCGCACGUCAUCGAGCAGAGCGAGAAGGAGUGGAUGAAGCAGUGGGCGAAGAUCGUGGUGUCGCUGGAACGCGCGGUGAACCAGGCGGCGGCGCACCAGUACCUGCAGGAGUACAGCAUCUCCCUGGGGCCCAGCGACGACCCCAGCCAGGAGCAGCGCGGCGUCAUGGUCAUCAAGACCAAGAGCAAGACGCGCGCGCGACAACGCAAGGGCGCCGUCAUGAACUGGAAGCGCGUGGGCAAGGUGACGAUCCGCGAGCUGAAGAAGCGCAACAUGACGGGCGACCAGCUGAGGAGGCUCAUGUGGGAGCGCGCCUCCAUCUCGACGCCCAUCCGCGUGCCGGACACGCCGGAUCCGGCAGAGGUGGAGGCUGCGAUGGACAGCCAGGGCAACGCACUGAAGGAGGCGCUGGAGGUAAUAGCGUUCCAGCACGACCUGGACCUGGACCUGAGCGGCGGGCCGCCCUCCACCCCCGGCUCCGCCCCCAGCCUCGCGCCAGCCCCCGCAGCGCAGGCGCCGCCCGCCGCGCCCACAGCCCCCGCCGUGCCGCCCGCCUUCGGCAGAGCCCUGGGCGUGGCCGCGCCGCUGUCCUCACCCGCAGCCGGUGGGGCAGCUGCCGGUGCAGCAGUGCCUCCGGCCGCGGCGCUGCCAGCUGCAGCCAGCAUCGUCUCCAAUGCAGCUGCCGCCGCCGUCGCCUUUGCACCUGCCGCGAACGCCGUGCAGACGCCUCCCAUCGGAUGGGUCAUUCCUCCACCACACCGUAGCAGCAGCAUCGACGCGCCGCCUCCGUGGGAAGGCGACGCGAUGCAGCAGCUGGUGGUGCUGUCUGAGGUGCUGCCCAGCGAUGACCCGCAGCUGGCGGUGAUCGCGCAGCUGGCGUACCAGCAGCAGCUGGACGCCCAGAUGGUGCCGCCCGCCGAGCAGCACCGCUACUGCUGCGCCAGGCGCCUGCACGCGCUCGAGGCCGCCAACGCCUCCGCCCCCAGCCUCGAGCCCAGUGACAGCGACGAAUUUGGAGGUGACUCUAACGACAGAAACAUAAACUCUGGCGCCAUAAAUAAAGCGAGAGGCGGAGGUUGCACGUUGCUGGUGCUGAGGCCGGCGCGGCGGCGUGUUGCAGACGGCGGCGCGAUGCUGGGCCGCGGGUCGCGGGCGCGGAGGGCGCGCUCCGCCAGGUGGCGGCCGCCCACCAGCGCCUCCAACGGCAGCGCGCGGCGGCUGCUCUUCCAGCACCACGGCCGCUCCUCCACCUCCAGCUCCAGCGGCUCCGGCGCGGGGCUCGGCAUCAUCAACCCCGCCUUCAUCGCCGAUAACCUCCAAAUGAGUCCUCCAGUGCGGACUCCUGAGAUGGACGCGGAAACUACCCCGCCCCCUGCAGCCGCGCAGCCGCCGCUUCCCAACGCCCACGCAGCCGUUGGCCGCUUCAGCAUCGACAGGGACAAGACUGCCUCCAGGCCUCGGCCGAAAACCGCCAGAGUCAACAGGGUGGCGCCGGCGGCGGCGACUCCGUCGAGGCGCGGGACGUCCGCGCAGGCGGCGCCGGUGUCGGUGGCGGUGGCGGCGGAGGAGCGCCGUCUGGAGGAGGCGCCGGACCCGCUGGACGCCUGGAGCACGCGCUCCAUCGCCAACAUGAACACCCUGCUGGCCUGGGACCGCCAGGAGGACGAGAGCCUCUGAGGCCGGCACUGCCAGCGGCCGCCUGCGACAGCGUGAAACAGUUGCAGCCUUCUCAUCCGUAGUGCAAAACCUGCUGAUUCCUCUUAAUGACGUUCACCCAUCACGAUCCUGCAUGUUCUGUGAACUGCGCCGAGUCAGAUUCCCUAGUGAUGAGCAAUAACAGAUAAGAUUCUGUGGCAGUACUUAUUUAUUCUGUUUAAUUUACUUUUGUUCACCUACUAUAUUGCAUUUCAUUGGGACGUCACGUAAAGUAGCAUUCCAUUCGUAGCCAAUGUCUAUUGUAGUGUAAAGACUAAGAUCUGUGUCAAAUAAACUACAAUAGUUAGUAAUACGACCAGCACCAAUAGGCCAGGACGGGGACACCAUUGAAUAUGAAAGUAGAACGAUACCGCAGAUGCUAAGGAAAGACCUGUUGUAAAAUACCCUCUGUUUUCACAUGGCUAAACGAGAUGGCGGCCUGUUAAGAUACUGGACUCCUAUUGGGGAGGUCAACAGUACAAAUUCCCGUCCGGCUAUUCAGAUUUAGAUGAGUUCCCUAAAUUGCGUAAGGCAAGAUGGUUCCUUUGAAAAGACGUGGCCAAUUUCCUUCCCCAUCCUUUCCAAAU